UUUUUUUUUUUGUGUGUGUGUUUGUCUACAUAAGUUAGUUGCAUACCUACCUACCUAAGGUAACCAAUCUAUUUUUCCCACUUACAGCCCACUGCUCAAUUGAGAAGCAUCAGAUCAUUCACAUCGAUUCAAUCCCGUCUUCGUCCGUCCCAUCCCUGCAUAGCGCCGUUUCGAACUUGGAAUCCACCACACCAUUACUACUAUUACCACUUUACUACUCACGACUUUAUCAUUCUAUUACCCAACUGCUCUGCCACUAAUACUCUACUCUGCCACUACUCCUAGACGAACACUACUUUUCAAUCAGCAUUUACAGUUAAAUCUGUCAUAAAAACCUGCCUGUCGUAACCAACCCACCACAAAGAAAAAUCAAUAUUUAUUUAUUUAGUAUAUACAUACCUACAUACCCAAGGUAGACCUCGCAGAAACAAUGCCUACUUCGUUAGAUUCAUCGCGCCCUAUCAUGGCGCCUUCUACAAUCGGCUCUCCCCGCGCAUCUAUGCGUUACAGCACAUAUAGCACAGCGCCGUCAUUGACGGCAACAGUACGAACGACCGAUUCGGCACACGCUGAGAUUCGCGAGAUCGAAACCGGGCUCGCGCGCAUGGAAAAUAGGGCUCUGUCAAGCCAGCGUGUCGUCCUAUCUGAAGAGAAGUCGGCCAACCUUAACAAGCUCGCCCUCGGUGCUAAGCUCGACCGUGCGCUUGAGCGUCGUAUGACUAGUCAAGACGCCGUCAUGAGGCCAAGGAACCGAAGCGUCCGUGAGAAGGAUCCGGAAAAGCAACAUUAAGGCUACUGUAAAUCGGGAAGGAAACGAAACAACCCGAAAUGAGAAGCAAGUAAUUAAACAACAUUGGAGGAUGAUACCAGGCGAGCGACAGCUACAGCUCUAAAACAUUUCCUGUUUUUUUUUUCUUUAAUGUUGACGUUUUAUCUCAUUGUUGGUCGGUCUCAAGGAUAAAUUCGGGGGGCCGAUAUAUCAUUUUUAUUCAAAUCUUUGCCUACGAGUCCGGACACGCAGGCUGAUCCAGUAUCUGGCCUAAGAAGAAUGGAGGUUGCGACAGGAUUACGUCCUUUCACAGUUCCAAGUCAGCCUACCAGUUGUCUAUGACGGAUACGAUAGACGAGGCGUAUCUAGGAGGUUCGGCUGGAACUCGAUAUUAAAAGGCAAUAUCAGA